AUGGUUGUGAGAACUAGUGAUCAGAGGCAUGCAACAUCAAGUGCAAUUGGUGAAUACAUUAAAUCCAAAUACAUCAACCUCAAAACUGUUUACAAACCAGAUGAUAUUUUGAGAGACAUGAGAGAUGAUCACGGAAUAAAAAUGAGCUACUCUAAAGCCUAUAGAUUGAAAGUAGUAGCUCAAGAAAUGGUAAGAGGAAAACCUGAUGACUUUUUUUCAUUAAUACCAAGCUACUUGUACAUGCUAAUGGUUGCAAAUCCGAGUUCGUUUGUCAAAUUGGAAUUAAAAGAUGACAACAUCUUCCUUUAUGUUUUUAUGGUAUUGAAUGCAUCUAUAAAAGAAUGGGAGUUCUACAUUCCAGUAAUUCUUGUUGACGACACUUUCCUUACUUUAGCCUAUGGAGGUAAGCUUUUAACAACAUGUGCACAAGAUGGAAACGGUAAGAUAUUUCCUCUAGCUUUUUGCAUAGUGGAUUCUGAAAACGAUGAAUCCUGGGAGUGGUUUAUGAAAAGAAUUAGAGAUGCAUUUCAGAUGCGAAGUGACAUGUGUAUAGUCUCCGAUCGACAUGAAAACAUAAAAAAUGCAGCCAUUGCUGUUUUUCUAGAAGUUUCUCAUGCAUUGUGCACAUUCUAUUUAUUCAACAAUAUUAAAAGAAAGUUCAAGAAGUUAACAAAACAGCUACGAGAAUCAUUUUAUGGGGCAGCAAAAGCUUACACGACUGAGGCAUUUGACUACUACAUGAAGCAACUUGACAAUAUGUGCAGAGGUUUAAAGACUUAUCUACAAGCUGUUUCAAAUUCAAAUGACAAUGUAAAGACGAUCUAUGAUCAUACAACAAAGUUCAUUGUAAACCUCAAAGAAAGAACAUGCACUCAUGUAGGAGAUUCGACAUUGAUGAAAUUCCUUGCCCAUGCAAUGGCAAUAUAUACUCAAAAAAUUAAAUCAAGAUCCUUAGAAAUUUUGUUCGCAGUAGUUCACAAAAAAAAAACAAUACUGAAAACUAGUGACUAA